AUGCCACUCUCAAUCUUCAAGAAAUUGGGAAUUGGUGAAGCACAACCCACUUCUGUAACUCUUCAACUCACUGAUAGGACGAUCAAGUACCCUGAAGGAAAGAUUGAAGAUGUUCUGGUAAAAGUUGACAACUUCAUAUUCCCCGCAGAUUUCAUCAUCCCAGACUAUGAAGCAGGUAGGGAUGUACCAACUAUUCUUGGACGACCCUUUCUAGCCACUGGGAAAGUAUUAAUAGACGUGCAUAAGGGAGAAUUGACCAUGUGCGUAGACAAUCAGAAAGUGAAGUUUAAUGUGUUAAACGCAUUAAAGUUCCUGGAUAGUGAAAAAUGUCAACUGAACAUAAUAGAGUUGCCUGGAGAGGAAGCGACUCAAGUUUGCGAGGUCCUCGCAUUGGAAGAAAACAUGAAAGAACCUGAGUUACCAAGUCUGAGUGAGCGGGGACGAAACCAACGCGUCCAUCAUUAG